CUUGUUUAAGCAUUUUGCUGGCUCGGAGUCCAGAGUGAGAAAGAGACAUGCACAGAGAGAGAGAGAGCGGUGAAAGAAACUGCAAACUGCCCACUGCCCACUCCCUCCUCUCCGGUCUCCAUCUCCCAGUUUCUUCUUCCUCUCCGCUCUCUCCGCUGCUCUCGUCCCGUCUCUGUCCGGAUUGCUCCGAUUUCUUGCUCUUUACACCUGUCCAUGGCGGGGUGAGUGGAGAGCGCGAAUCUUGGAUCCAACCCUUCGCGUUCUUGCUCGGCGAGGAUGGAAUUCGGGGGCGCCAUUGAUGAUCAGAGUGAAAUGUGGGGAUGGCAAAGUCAGGAGUAUGAUCUGCAGAAAGAUUUGCUUGCUGAAGAAGCUGCAGAUCCAUCUAGCUGUUUGUGGAGUGAAGCAAAUCAGAAUGCCGGUGAUGCUUGGACCAUGUUUGAUGAGCAAACUCCAAUAAAACAUUGUACAGACAUAGAUUUUCAGUUCUGUGAUAUAGGAGAUAUCAUUGUCAAGGAUUUUGAUGAAGGAAAGGAAACUUUACAAGCUAAACGAAGACGCAUGCUGCAGUUCUGUUCAGACAAUGUUGAGAUGGAUUGUGCUAUGGCAGCAGAUGGACUAUCGGAAAAUCUUCAAUUGAAUUUGGGUUUCUCUGAGAUGACUCCAGGUGAUCAGUGUUUAUUAAACUGUGAUGGGACAGAGGAACUACCAGAAGAAUGGCUAGUAGAUUGUUCACCACAAGAGAGUGAGCCUCAAUGCCCGCCUGAAGAUAUGUCCGUUCAUUUGAGUAGUCCUGCUGUGGCCAUGGAAGAAGCCAAUCUUUCCGUGCACAAAAAUUCUUCGUCUCGGGAGCAGGGCAACACAGUCCAGAAGAACACUGUGCAAGCUCGACCAACACCUCUGAAAGCUGGAAAAAAUAUUAUUAGAGCAAGAAAGGUGAAAACAUCAGUCGUCUAUCCUUUCGAGCUUAUCAAGCCAUGCGGUUUUCAUGGUGAUGUCACAUUGCAUGAUAUCAAUCAGAGGAUCCACGCCCCGCCCCCAUACAAGAUAAAGCACAAGAUCGACGAGGAGCAGCUCUCCUAUCAGACUUCAGCUAUUUCCGGGAAGCCUGUAGUCCACAAGACAAAGAUUCAUACAGAAGGAGGAAAGGGCAGUAUCACAAUCACAAGAACUAGAGGUUAAUUAGGUCAAUGGUAUGCAUAUAUGGUGCCAAUAUGGUCCUUGUACCAUGCAUUUCUGAUAUAUUGGGUUGUGUCAAUGUUUUGUGGCCAAGGAAAUGCAUGCCCUUGUUGGAAUAUUGUUAGCCAUUUUUUUUUCACUUUAUUUCUUCCAUUGUCCCCCCUUCGGAACUUCUUUGCCUGUACUUGCUUGGUUAGUGUGAGAUAGUAUGAUAAUAGAGUGUGUAGGCAGGGUGUGGCAGUGGCAAAGUGUGCUGCUUUUUUGGUUCUUGGUUGAAGGGGGAAAGUUGAUGUAAUCAGAUAAGUCAGUAAUUGUGGACAUAUUGGUUUGGUGAGAUUAUAUUUUGCAAGAUCAGCUUCAUAGCUACGUA